AUGAUGCGCGAGGAGACAUUCCAAGUGGACGAAACGCCACAUUUUGGAACACCAUUUUUCCUAAGGAAACUUAGUGACUAUACGGUGUUAGUCGGUACAAAAGCCAAACUAUCAGUGCAUAUUUCAAACACCAAGGAUGCGAAGGUCACGUGGUACAAAGAUGACGUUCCGCUCGUUGAAUCAGAACGACUCGUUUGUUCGAGUAAGGGCCAGCUGCACUCUAUCGAGAUUGCCACCAUUCUGCCCGAGGAUAAUGCCAAAUGGUCUUGUCAGGUUGAGAAUCUGCUUGGAAAAUGCAUGUGCAGUGGACAGCUUACAGUGAGAGUGCCAGAAACCUACAAAGCCCCCGAAUUUGUAGAUGAGCUACGAGCCAUUCUCACUAGCCAAGGCACGAUCUCGCUGGAGUGCAAAGUGAUCGGGUAUCCGACACCGGAGCUGCGAUGGUUCAAGGAUUCGAAUGAAAUCAAAGCGGGUGACAUGUUUGGAUUAACGCUAAACGGUGGGGAUCUCACAUCGCUUGGAGUGUAUACCUGUGUUGCCACCAAUUGUGUCGGGAAAAGUAGCUCUAGCUCGAAAGUGCGAGUACAGGAGCAGGACGCCACAUCUAAGGAAAAGACGAUCGAUAAAAAUAGCCUUGGCGAAGCAUCCAGCACUACGUUCCUCUCGGUUAACGAUAUCAAGGCGCAGCUAAAUGAAGAAGAAUGGCUGAAUUUGCUGCAGGUGAACCAAGCGCCAGUUUUCAAGACGGGACUAAUAAGUCGAGAUGUGAACAUUGCCGAACCUUUGCGACUAUCGGUAGUGAUAAAUUCAGUGUCUAAGCCUACGGUCAACUGGUACAAGGACGAUCUAGUAGUGGAAAAUUCAGACAACUAUAAGCUUUCCUCAGACGAAAGUACAUACACGUACCACAUGGACGUAAUAGUGACGCAGUUAGAUGACCAGGGUGAGUGGAAAUGUGUUGCUUCGAACGAAUUUGGACAAGCAGGAACAUCUUGCUUUGUGAAACUGAUCAUACCCAAGCACUAUCGCAAGCCGAAAUUCCUGGAAAAUUUGAAGGCAGUAAUGCUACGCGAUGGAACGGUAAAUCUAGAGUGCAAAGUGAUUGGUGUUCCACAGCCAGUGUUGAAAUGGUACAAGGAUGGUACCGAGUUGAAGCCAGGCGACAUUCAUCGCAUCAUCACUGGACAGGAUGGAAAGUGUUGUUUGGGAACGUAUACCUGUGAGGCGGUAAAUUGUAUGGGCUCAGUUAGCAGCACUGCAUCCCUCCACGGCUACGACGGCAUCGCCGACGAAGGACCUUUGCCUCCCGAAGGGGCAGCAGCGCUCGUCAAGGACGCUUCUCUGUCCACAAUACACGAGGAACGAACGUCGCAGAUUUUCGAUACAGCCGCAUCUUACGAAAGCGCGGCAAGCAAUGGCCGAGGCGAGAUAUCAUUUACUUUCGACGGUAAAGAAGUUUCAGUUUCUCUGUACGAAACGCCUGAGCUAACCAACGAUGAAGCGUUGCAAAUUGUUCAAAUGUUUGCGGAUCAGUUGCAUCAAAACAUCAACGAGAAUGAAAACGUCACUAGUUUGCCAUCGUUGCGCUUUGUAAAGGAAACGUCUACAUCCGGGCAACUGGUUAUGGAAGCUCUUGUUAUAGAUGUUCCCGUUGUGGAAGACAACAAUCUAUUCGAGGAUGAUCGCCGGACGGAUUUCGACAUUGAUGAAAUGCACGAUGAAAAUACAUUCACGUUUGAGAGCGGUAUUGCUUCAUCGAAAUUACAUGCGCUCAAAUAG